UUAAUCCACUGUUCCAUUUCCGUCAUCCGAAGGGAGACCACAACCCUCCUCUUUCCAAGAACCCCGUUGCAGUUUCCGCCCCCCUUCCCUUUUCUUUUCUUCCAUAAUAUAAAUCCUCCACACCCCUUCCAUAUUUUCCUCACACAACCAGAAGCCAACAUCUAAUUUCUCUCCAAAACCCAAUACAUAUAUCAGAGAAAGAGAUUAUCAUUUUUAAUCCCACAAGAUCAUCAAUCAUCACCUAUGGCAGGAGUUGGAAAGAGGGCUGCUGACGAUUUCGAAGACCUGCUGCCGCAGAUGGCGGAUAAGCUCGGCGGCGAGGGGCUGAUAAGAGAGCUGUGCAACGGGUUUCAGCUGCUGAUGGACAAGGACAAAGGGGUCAUUACGCUGGACAGCUUGAGGAGGAAUUCUGCCUUGCUGGGUCUGCAGAACUUGAGAGAAGACGAGCUUGUGAGCAUGGUGAGGGAAGGUGACAUGGAUGGUGAUGGCGCUCUGAACCAGAUGGAGUUUUGCGUUUUGAUGUUCAGACUGAGUCCUGAGCUGAUGGAAGAGUCUUGGAUUUGGCUUGAGCAAGCCAUGCAAGAGGAGAUUAGCGAUAAAAAUAAGAGACCCUAAUUUCUUGAUCCUUUGUUUUGAUUUGUAAGUAGAAUAUUAUUGGUUAGUGAAUUUGAUCAAGGAAGAGUUUUACUUUUCCUUGGGUUAUAUGCAUGGUUUUUUUUUUUUUUGGUCAAUAUAUGCAUGGUUAUUUCUUCGUGGUUUUA